AUGUCAUUUGCCGGGACACCUUUAGGUCAAGGCAGACGUCUCGAUCAUCAAACGUUUUUAGGAAAACCGCCAUCGUCUAACGGGAGUACAGGAAAUAAUAACCCACAAACUCAAAGAAUUACACCGGUCCCAACUUCUUAUUCUUCUGGUGCACCACCAUUAGGCUCUCGAUCACCACCUAAACCUUCUUCUUCACGUGAACGUGUCGAUACCACCAAUCUCAAUCCUGAAAAGUGGAGUGUCCGUGACACCAGCGUCAACGCCGCCAGCGCCAUCUACCAAGCCAUGUCCAACCCUAACACUGCGUGGGCUUCUAGCUCACGAACCGCCAGAACUUCUAAUCCUCCCAGGAGCACUUCUGUUGAAUAUGAAUCUCAAGCAUCAAACAACGCCCGCAGGCUGGGCGCACCUCCGAGUCGAUUAGGAUCUAAAACCAACAACAAGCCGUUGUCGAUGAAUAGCUCCUCGAGAAGCAUCGUCCCAGAUUCAGAGGGAGAACAAAGCCAGAGUCAGAUAUUGGACUAUAGUCGAGAAAAAAGUCCAUUCUCAUUCGAUCAACUCACCAAUCUGGCUCAGACAGCGAUUCAGAAGACUUCUUACUUUGUGAGGGAGAAACAGAGAGAGGAUCAACAGCCGAAUGGGAAUGCGAGCUAUGAUUAUUCGGCGGAGGAAAGGGAGUACCAGCAGUAUGAGAGGAACGUCAAUGCAAAUGCAUCGUCAUCCAAAAACCUUUCCUCCUCAGCCGUGCAUCGCAAAAACCGAAUAUCGACGGAUAACAAAGCAUACAAACCCAGUCAAGAGGAAUUAGAAGAAUCCUCGGACGAUGAUGUUUCCGAUACGAGGAGGAGGAGACGAAAGAAGGGAGCUAGUGGGCCUGCUGGUGGUCCGCUGACCACCUUGCCUAAAGUCGGCCCGGAGAAGAGACGGAAGAAGGGGAGCAGGAAAACGAAAGGUGGUGCAGCGAACGGAGAAGAAGAAGAUGAGGAGGAGGAGACUGACAAGGAACAGAACAUAUCCGCAUCCCAACGUGCUUCUGUUCCUCCACCUGCAAGACGAUCCCAAUCCCGCCAACCACCCGACAACUCCCUAUCCUUCAUCCAAAACCAAAGUCACUCCCUUAACCUCGAUGCCAUACCUGAAGACCCUGAUCCCGACCUAGUUGAUCCAGAAUCCAAUCCAGGCGAAUUCUACGACGAUUCUUACUCACACCGAUCUUACCUCGACGACACCCACUCCCUUACCAGUCUCCGCCCAUCAUCUGGCAUCGGUGCCAGACUCGGCACGAUCGUCUACACCCUCUUCCGUCUCAUUGGCACGGGGUUGACAUCUGUAGCGCAUUUCGCUGGAAGAGCCUUGGGUCAAAUCGUCAGCGUGCUGGUACUCUGGCCGAUUCGAGGGGUGUUGCAGCUCCCAAAAAAUCCGUUGGCGUAUUAUUUCCUUGUGGCUUUUGUCAUCUUGUUCGGAGCAUGGACAGUCAAUAAAGUUCCUACUGGCUUAUCACCGCCGUCGUCAGGAUGGCGCUUACCAUCUCCCUGGCCUUUUUCUUCCUCUGGUGGUUCGAUAAAAUACACUCCACCUGCUCUUCCCGUGGAAAACGUUGCCGAGCUCAACGCCCGACUCCGUGCUCUCGAAUCGACCUUGAGUGCCCUUGUGCUGGAGAAUGAGCAAACAAAAACAAGGUUGAGGAUGACUGAGGAAGAGGUCAAGGAGUACGAGAAGGAAAGAGCUAAAGAAGCGAAAGAAAAAGAACGAGAGCAGGUCACGGAACGGCAGAGAGAAAGAUCGCGGAUGCAGCAACAGGCUAUCGAGAGGGAGAAAGACCGGGAGCGGGCUACCCAACAAGGCAAAUCCGAGCCUGGUGAAAUCAAGGAGAUUGUUGGAAGACUCGGUGCGUUGGAGGGGUUAGUGAAGACAGAUAUAAGCGGGAGGGUGUCCAAGGUUGAGGAUGUUGUCGGCGGAUUCAACCGUAUUCAAGAAAGAAAGGAGAAAGAAGAGAGGGAGAGACAAGCUCGGUUGGCUGUUGAGGCCAAAGAAGCAAGGGAGGCGAGAGAACGCGAGGAACGGUUCAAGGAGCGGUUGGAAAGGGAUGUCAGAGAGCGUGAGCAAAAGGAAAGGGAAAGAGACCAACGAGAAAGAGAGAAAGAAAAUCAACGCCAAAAGGAGGAGAAGGAAAGGCAGCAGAGGGAAGAGCGAGAGCGGCUGGUUUUGAAUCAAGUCAAGAAAGAGAUGGAGAGUUUGAAGAGCGUUAUCGGUGCUCUUCAGUCACAACCUUCCUCUGGUUCAGGAUCUUCCUCGGUGGGUAGCGACAUUGAAGCCCGCACACAGCUCGCUUUACUCGAAGAACGAAUUGGGUCUAUCGAAGGAGGGGUUAAAGAAGCUCUUGAUCUCGGAAACAAUGCCUUGAAGACAAUUAAGUCUUCCUCCCAACAUCCUGAUUCCCAAUCAAACUGGUGGUCCAAAAUUUCCCCCUCCUCCUCUUCUAAGUCAGGCCUAACAAUCAAAUCCACCGACGGACAAGAUGUCACUUCCCUGCUCACUCACCUUGUCUCUUCUGCUGUCUCAUCCGCCAUAUCCAUACACAGCAAAGACAGUAUCGCCCGCGCAGAUUAUGCCCUCCAUUCAGGCGGAGCGAGGGUUAUACCCUCAUUAACUUCCGAUACGUUUGCUCUUCGGAUACCGAGCACCUUCACUUCGCAGUUGCUUGGUCUGAUACCGUUCUCUGGAUCCGGAUUCGGAUUUGGUGGACCUGGGAGUGUAGCUGUGGGUCGGCCACCAGUGUGGGCUCUGCACCCAGAUAUCACGAACGGUUUGUGCUGGCCGUUCCCUGGUUCCCAUGGACAGUUGGGUAUAGCACUCGCUGCGCCAGUGGUAGUGGAUUCGGUGACGAUUGAUCAUGUCGCAGCGGAGACGGCGUAUGAAGAUGGGUUGGUAGAAGUCGAAGAGGAAGGUCAGGACGGGGAUGAGGACGUUGAAGAUGGGCAUGUAGAUAAGACAAACAGAAGGAGGAGUAAACGACGUAGCGCACCAAGGGAGAUGGAGGUUUGGGGUCUGGUGGAGGGGAGGGAGAACAUCCACAAGGUCAAGGAGUGGAGGGAAGGCUUAAUAACUCAGCGCCAGGCAAAGAACGCUGCUCGAGAAAGAGGGGAAGAGCAGGACUUUAACCAUCUCGACGACCUACUCGGGACAUCGGAACUCGAUGUUCCUUACCCAUCUACUCUACCAAAAUCGCCCACGUACAUCCGGCUCGCAUCGUUCACCUACGAUAUCCACUCGCCUUCGCACAUCCAGACUUUCCCAGUCCUACCGUACCUCAGCAAAUACGGAAAACUCGGAGAGGCAGGGGUGGAUUUCGGGGUGGUGGUGUUGGUGGUGAGGAGUAAUUGGGGGAUGGAGGAGUAUACGUGUUUGUAUAGGGUUAGAGUGCAUGGGGAGAGAGGGAUGAUAGGCGGGAUCGAGGAGAGUUGGUGA